GGAUUGCAGUGGUCGGGUCAGUGGUAUAUUUCCUAAAGGUGUUGACAUAAAAAAUUCCCAAAAAAGAAAUUAAAAAAAAACAGAAACAUGCAAGAUAAUAUUUAUUAUAGAAUUAUUGGAUAUGCUGCGACUAUAAUAAUGCACCUCUCAAAUAUAUAUUUCAUGGCAAAAGGAAUAAAGAAAGAACACUUGGAUGAUCCGGUGCUAAGAUCUUUUGGUAAUUUACAGGCCCGAUACUUUACCUGUUGGACAUUUGGUCUACAAAUCAUCUACGCAGUUAUUGGUCUUAUCUGUGAUUUUUCAACUUUACGAAACAGGAAAAAUAUAAACUAUAAAUUACCAAAACACUUAUUAGGCUUGAGAGAUACAUUAUUCGCUGCGAUUAUUUGGCCGUCCACUUUUCUUGUUUUCACAGUAUUUUGGUCGUUAUUCCUUUACGAUAGGAAUCUAAUUCUUCCGGUAAACAUCGACAAAGUGCUAACCCCGAUAUCAAACCACGUGAUACACACAGCUAUAGUACCAGUUGUGCUUUGGGAACUUCUCUUUCGACCGAGGGCCGAACCGAAGUCACAUAUAAGAUAUGUAGCACAUAGUGUGUUUCACCUUUUUGUUUAUUUACUUGUAUUGACGUACACAUAUUUAGAACGAGGUACGUGGAUCUAUCCCGUAUUAACAAAGGCCUUUGGAACCAUUAACUUUCCGAUAAUUUGUGCUGUUAUGUUGUUUAUUAAGAUAUUCUCGUACUUCAUGCAGUGGAAAUUAAACUCUAUUGUACAUGGAAAAUAUGUCAACAAGAAACCAAUAUGAUAUUAAAUACACGAUUUAAAUUUUAAAUUUUAAGAUUUAUCAAGUUUUCCUUUUUUUAUAUCAUAAGUUGGCAAACUAUCUACGAGCGGCAAUCUGAAUUCGGAGAAAUAUCAUAUCGAUAGCUGCCCCUAGACAUCCGCAAUUUCAGAUGCAUUCUCUACCUCUAAUCUACAUAGGAGA